ACGCUCUCAUUGAUAACGUUGCGGUAGAGCCAAUUGCACGUAGUAAAUUUUCGUUCGCCGCGAGCUACGUAGUUGGUUGAAAGUGUUAAUUUAACUUAAUUUUUAACUUUAUUUCUGUCGAAUUUUCGUUUUUUCGUAAUACUCGGUGCAAGAUGGCCGCCAUUUCGCAGCUCAUCAAAUCGGCCGUCCGGCCCACGCUGCGGCGCGCCCUGUCCACCAAGGCUGCCCCCGGAACCGUCGAGGGUUCCGCCCUGGGGCCCAGCUUUGCCCUGACCGACGAGCAGACCGAGAUCGUCGACAUGACCAAGAAGUUCGUGCGCGAGGAGAUCAUCCCGGUGGCGGCCCAGUACGACAAAACCGGCGAAUACCCGUGGCCAAUCAUCCGCAAGGCGUGGGAACUGGGCCUGAUGAACAACCACGUGCCGGCCGAGAUCGGUGGCACCGACAUGUCCAUCAUGACCAGCUGCCUGAUCGCGGAGGAGCUGGCCUACGGAUGCACCGGAAUCAUGACCGCCCUGGAGGCGAGUGGUCUCGGACAAACCCCCGUCAUCAUCGCCGGUAACGAAGCGCAGAAGAAAAAGUACCUGGGCCGCUUGCUGGAGGAACCCCUGGUGGCGGCGUACUGCGUCACCGAGCCCGGCGCAGGAUCAGACGUCAACGGAGUGCGAACGCGCGCCGAGAAGAAGGGCGACGAGUGGGUCAUCAACGGGCAGAAGAUGUGGAUCACCAACGGUGGCGUCGCCAACUGGUACUUUGUGCUGGCCCGAACCAACCCGGACCCGAAGUGCCCGGCCUCGAAGGCCUUCACCGGGUUCAUCGUGGAGCGCGAGACUCCUGGGCUGACGCCCGGUCGCAAGGAGCAGAACAUGGGCCAGCGGGCGUCGGAUACGCGUGGAAUCACCUUCGAGGAUGUUCGCGUGCCGAAGGAGAACGUGCUGAUUGGGGAGGGUGCUGGCUUUAAGAUUGCCAUGGGUACGUUCGACAAGACGCGCCCUCCGGUGGCGGCCGGUGCCGUCGGGCUGGCCCAGCGAUGCCUGGACGAGGCCAUGAAGUACGCGCUGGAACGCAAGACGUUCGGCGUUCCGAUUGCGGCCCACCAGGCCGUGUCCUUCAUGCUGGCCGACAUGGCCAUCGGAGUGGAAACGGCCCGCCUGAUCACGAUGAAGUCCGCGUGGGAGGUCGACCAGGGCCGAAGGAAUAGCUACUACGCGUCGAUCGCCAAGUGCUAUGCUGCCGAUAUGGCCAACAAGGUCGCGUCGGACGCGGUACAGGUCUUUGGUGGAAAUGGCUUUAACACUGAGUACCCGGUGGAGAAGCUGAUGCGCGACGCCAAGAUCUACCAGAUCUACGAGGGAACGUCCCAGAUCCAGCGGCUGAUCAUCUCGAGGAAUAUGAUCGAUGCGGCCAAGGGCAAGGCUUAAGCGAGGGUGCUGGGCAGCGUUAAUUCUAAUUAUACUUCUUUUUAGUUUGUUUUGUUUGUAGGGAAAACUGUCGUAAGUGAGGAGGAAACCAUAUUAUAUUUGCAAUAAAGCAUUCAUACCAAUCUAUUUCGUACUAAA